UCGUUUAGCCACCCCCUGGCUACUGACUGCCUCAGUGCUUUCCCCCGCCUGCACUCUGAAAUUCUGGCCAUUCGCAGCCUUUCCUCCCCUCUCGCUCUCCAGGCAAGAGGAAGAAACAUUUAGUGGCCUGGAAUAAAGGGCUGGUGUUUGUUGGGAGGACUUUGUUUCUGCAGGAGGAAUUGUGAAGGUUGAUGAAGAGAAGAUGCCGAAGCAGAAAAAAGGCCGAGGGAGGGAAGGGAAGAUGCCAACAAGAACAUCAAUGGUCAGUCAGGCACCCAAGCAGGAGGAGGCGAGAAGCAGCCAACCACCAACUUCUUCAGCACCGCAACCCAAAGGUUCGUUGCUGCUGCUGUUCCCAAAGGAUGGCUACUCUCCCAGUUUGUCUGAGCAGAAGCCUGGAGACAUCCGCCAAAUCAGCUGCAGACAAGGCUACCUGGCGGUGGUGAAGAAAGACAGGACGGUUGUCAUUUUUGAUAAAGCAGAGGAUGGAGGACACCGGAACCAAGCCAGGAAUCCCAAGCACAUUAAAUUAAAACGUCCCGCCAAAGUGGAUUUGCUGGAUUGUCAAGCAUCUCACCUGCUCAUUCUCUCAUGUGAAGGAAAACUUUCUGAGCACAGCAUGGAAUCCAGAAGGGAUAAAUCGAAGCCAAGGCUACUGAAAGAAUUAGGAGGCAGACGAAUUAUUCAAAUUGCAUGUGGAGACCAUCAUUCCAUGGCAUUAUCAAAAGGAGGGGAGCUUUUCACUUGGGGUCAGAAUGGACACGGCCAACUUGGAGUGGGAAGGAAUAUGAGCUCCAUCCAGGAACCACAACAGGUGCGGGUGCUUGAAGGCAUUCCUCUGGCCAAGAUUGCAGCCGGAGCAGCUCACAGCAUGGCCCUCUCUCUGUCCGGAACAGUCUGUUCUUGGGGGAAGAAUGCUUAUGGGCAGCUGGGCCUCGGAGACACCAUUGACAGAGAUUCCCCUACCUACGUGACCGCUUUAGAGCAUAAGAAGACUGUGUUCAUUUCAUGUGGUGGAGAACACACUGUAGUUCUUUCAAAGGAUGGCCUGGUCUGUACUUUUGGAGCUGGCAGCUGUGGGCAGCUUGGCCACAAUUCCACACGCAACGAACUGUUUCCGCGCUUGGUGGCAGAACUCUUUGGCGCUCGCGUCUCUCAGGUAGCCUGUGGAAGAUGGCACACUCUUGCCUACAUCCCAGACCUGCAGGAAGUCUACUCGUUUGGUUCUGGAGCAGAAGGCCAGCUUGGAAAGAGAGGAAAAUGUGACCGCCUGAUACCACUUCCUCUUCCAUUGACGAAGAAUGGCAGAACAUUCAGCCAGAAGGAAAUGGUAAACAUCAUUGCUGGAGAGAACCAAAGUAUUGUGCAUUGUUUGAAGGAAAAGAAUGCUUAUGCUUGUCUAAACCGAACACUUGCCACAGUGGAAGAGGAAAAGGUGGAGAAAUGGGUUUCUAAUCCGGAUUCUAAUUGCUGGCAGAAUAUAAAACAGGAUAUUAAGUUAAUCUUCACAUCAGUGGGCUGUGUCAACGGAAGUUUCUUGGAUAAGAGAGACGAACAUUUCAGAACAUCCCAAGAGGCUGCAGGCAUAGAUAUGUCAGCUGUGUUCCUAUUCUCUGAGAAGAUUGCUUCUAAGCCUACAGUCUUCACAGAGGUGAUAAAUGCCAUUAAGAAACUCCUGCCAUCUCUUCCGGCCUCUGUUGCCUCCCCUGAAGCACUCAGAGUCUUCCUCAUUGUGCCCAUCAUCUUACGAAAGAUGGACGUCUUCUUUGACUCUCCACUUGAACAGCUAGCAGAUGCUAUACUGAAACUCCAGCAAAAAGACAGGCAAAUACUGGAAUCUCUGUGGUCCAAUCUUGAAAUAGCAUUCAUCAAAGAUCUAGUGAACCUGUAUCGGAAACUUUCAAGUAUCAAACUAUCUUAUGCCAUCAGAGACUUAAAGAAAUAUUCUGCACGUUGCUUCAAGGACUACAUUCAGCCUCUUUCAGUCCUACAGAGUCUUUAUGAGGUAAAUUGUAGGGCUGGCUACAAAAUCCAAGAAAACAACUUUUAUGUCCCAGAAGUGAAAAAGCUGCUGAUCCUUCAUAAUGAAACUUUCUUACGAAUCCGGGGAAAUGACUUCGGAGCCAUAAUGGAGCAAUUAUUUGAAGGUGAAAUUGCACAAUUUAUCUUGAAGAUUACGUCUCUCUUACAAGAACUUGCUGAAUUCCCUUGUAUCUUUGAGAUGGAAAAUAAAAUUGAAGUGUAUGAAAUAUGCCGCACAUUGCUGCAGGUUACAAAGCUAGAUGUACUAACCACUGGUCGUUCCAGGGAACUACAUGUGCGGCGGCAAUACCUGGUACAUGAUGCCUGGAGUUGUAUACGGAGCUCAACACCAGACACAUUUUGGUACAACUUAAAGGUGCGUUUUGAGGGAGAACCCGGGAUAGAUGCUGGAGGGCCAUCCCAGGAGUUUUUCACCAUCCUCCAAAGGGAAUUGUGUGCAUCAGAAACACAGAUAUUUACGCACUUUGAAGAGUCCCAGCUCAUUUGGUUCUCCAGUCAGGUGCCAGCACAGGAAGACAUAUAUGUUCUGAUUGGGACCCUGUUUGGAAUGGCGCUCUUUAACCUGAAGAUAGUUGCCUUUCCUUUCCCUCUUGCUCUGUUCAAGAAGAUGGCAAAUAUUCAACUGACCUUGGAAGAUUUAAAAGAACUCUCUCCAACGGAAGGAAGGAACCUUCAAGUAGUCUUGGAUGAACAGUAUGAUGACAUCAUUGAAAACUACUGCCUGGAUUUCACAAUAAUGAAGGAAAAAGAAGGCUCUCCAGUUUGCAUUGAAUUAAAAGAAAAUGGAGUGAACAUACCUGUCUCUAGGUGGAACAGAAAAGAAUAUGUCAAUGCUUACGUGAAUUACAUCUUCAACAAAUCCGUAGAGAAGCAGUUUGGUGACUUCAUGCGUGGAUUUUUAAAAGGCUGCCCGAUGGAAAAGUGGAAAAUGUUCCUUCCAGCUGAACUCCGAGUCAUUCUGCAUGGACAUACCAAAUAUGACUGGGAACAACUAGAAAAGAAUGCACAAUACCAUGGUUAUGAAAAAUCAGAUGAAACCAUCAAGAAUUUUUGGGCUGUGUUUUAUGACCUUCCAGAAGAAAAAAAGAAGGAUUUCCUCGCUUUCCUCACAGGAACUGAUCACAUUCGAGCUCAAGGGAUGGAAAGGUUCACAUUUACUAUUGUGGAUCCAAGAAAAGAAAACCCAGACCAGUGGUAUCCUAUAGCCGAGACCUGCUUUCGAGGCUUGCUGUUGCCUAGAUACACUACUAGAGACAUUCUCAAGGAAAUGUUCCUGACUGCUCUAGAACACUAUGAAAAAUUUGGCCUGUCCUAAGGCCCGGAUGUGGUUUUGAUGUCAUUUUUUCAGAAACUGGCUUCACACAUCUUCUGUUUACUGGAGGUGGAGGGGAAUAGGAUACAUGUUUCUGCCAAGAAUAAUGGACUUCCAGUUAUAGAGCUGGUGUGAUGUAGCCAAGGAAACCUGGGCUCCAAUUCCCUGGUCUCACUGGGUGGCCUUGGGCCACUCACAUUCUCUCUCAGCCACUUAACUCACAGGGUUAUCCUAUAUAAUAAAACCCUAAGGUACCUGCGUCCGUGUCUCUUGCAGGUGUUCUGCGCAUGCGUGGUGCGUGCAUACGCAGCAACGGUGAGGUACCUGCGUCCGUGUCUCUUGCAGGUGUUCUGCACAUGCGUGGCGCACACGUACGCAGCAACGGUAACUACGCAAACAAAUGCGUGCGUGCAUAGUUACCGUAUCUGCGUCAUAGGUCCGCGUAGCAACCCGUUAAACCUAAAAAAGUAAGACAACUUACCUGCCAAACACGUAUAUUUAAAGAAACAUCUACCUGAAAAACUUAAAGGAACAUUAACUUGCAAAAUCAAACAUACAUGAACUUGCAAAAUUAAAUAAGCAUAAACUUGAAAAAUUAAAUAAACAAACUUCAAAAAUUAAAGAAACAUGAACUUGGAAAAUUAAAGAAACAUGAACCCUUAAAAAUUAAAGAAACACAAACCUGCGCAAUUAACCAAACAUGCCCCCCCAAAAACAGGUAGAGGUCAAGAAGACAAAGGCCAAAAGACAAAGACAACAAAAUAGAUGCAAGCAACAUAUAGAGGAAGAGCAGUCAGCUCACCAGGUAGAGUUGAACAGGAGAAAGGCCCAAAGAGAAAGAGAAAGACAAGCAAAUAGAUCUAUUGAACAACACGAAAAUGAACAUCACAAAAACGCACAAAGACACAGAGAUAGGAGAGCAAGUCUGACUCCGGAGGAACGACAAUUACAGCGACAGCAACACGCCGAAAAAGAGAGAGCCAGGAUAAGAGAUCUGGCUUCUGAUAAACGACAAUUACAACGACAGCAACUGGCCCAGAGGAAAAGAGUCCGAACCCAAGAAUCAGGGGCUGCAAUAUAAGCAACGGCAGUUCUUAAUGACAUUGUGAAUAUUAAAGAGGACGACAUCAAACCCCACACAUGUGGAUAUUUAGAUCAGAUAUGCGACUUUUGUAAUGCAAAACAUUUUGAAGCAGAAAGACCUUCUGAUCGGAAAUUUUCAAAAUGUUGCUCAAAAGGAAAAGUAAAUCUUCCCCCAGUUACAACGGAUCCGUUCAUCCAGCAGCUCAUGACAGGUCAGCAUCAGUAUAGCAGGAAUUUCAUGGAUAAUAUAAGAUCCAUAAAUAGUGCCCUAGCAUUUGCCUCCAUGGGAGCAAACAUUGCUCCACCUCCUGGCUAUGGGCCAUACUGUUUCCGGAUCCACGGCUCAAUUUGUCAUAGAGUAGGCACGCUGCACCCGCAACAGGGCCAAAACAGACAGUUUGCACAAUUAUACAUUUUAGAUCCCUCUGAAGCUGCUGAGCAAAAAAUGCAAAUUUCAGCCAACUCAGGAAUAAAUCCUCAGCUUUUGCAAACACUAAGCACACUUAUGGCGCAAUACAAUCCAUUUGCAGAGGCCUGCAAAAUGUUGCACCAGGUUGAAAAAGAAUAUCAAGAGGAUGCCGCCAGAACAGGCAAUGUUAUUAAGGAAGUGUCCAUGACAAUAAUGCGAGAUCGCAGAAAUGACCCAAGGCGGUAUAACGCACCAAAAUAUAAUGAGGUUGCAUUCAUUUUUCUAAAUGAUGACGGAGAACCUCCACUUGAAAGAGAUCUUCUUAUACAUCUUCUUAUACACUGCAAACCAAGUGCAGGCGAGCCAAACCAAAGGAGAACACAAACAGUUAGUGUCCUUGAUCCCAAUCUGGAACCGAUGGUUUACCCACUGCUGUUCCCCUAUGGGGAUCAAAGCUGGGGAAAUGACAUAUCUUUGCAACACAGACCACAAGCCUUAUUAGGCUUAACAAAUCAGUCACGAACUCCUAGAGUUAGGGUAAGCCAAAUGCAAUAUUAUAGCUACCGUCUUUCCAUCAGAGAUGUAUAUAACCCCUUCUUAAAUGCUGGCCGCCUUACACAGCAAUAUAUAGUUGACGCAUAUGUCAAAACAGAAGCCAACACCAGAAAAGGAUUGUGCAAUGGCACCCGCCUUAUCGUAAAAUACUUGAAGAGCAACCUCAUCAUUGCUCAAGUGAUAACAGGUUCAGCUGAAGGGGACAUAGUCUUUAUUCCCCGUAUUGAUUUGGUUCCAUCCUCCACUGAUUUACCCUUUACCUUACGAAGGCGACAAUUUCCAGUUAAAUUAGCCUUAGCCAUGACAAUUAAUAAAGCUCAGGGGCAAACCUUGGAAAAAGUUGGCAUUUAUUUGCCAGAAACAGUAUUCAGCCACGGUCAGUUAUAUGUGGCAUUAUCAAGAGUUAGGAGUUUUUCUGACGUCGUGGUAAAGGUUAUAGAAGGCCCUGACCAAGGCAAACUAUUGGCAAACUCAGAAAGAAUAUUCACAAGGAAUGUUGUCUAUAAGGAAAUUUUAUAGAAAAAUUACAUGAACUAAAACAAGAAAAAAUAUUUUUAAGAACUCUUCUUCAGAUAUUAUAUAUUUAAGAUUGUUACAAAGGUUUAUACUUAGGCAAUAGUAUUUACCCUCACUGUAUUGUCAUAUACUUUUCUGUUUUAUAUGUUUACAGUUUGUGUUACAUAUAUAAUUAAAUUAAACAUGAUUUGAGAAGUUA